CAACACUGGCGUUAAGGCGGCCCUCACGCACGGUGUCGUCUAUUAUUGCUUGGACGUUGUUGCCCCCGUGUACCCAAAGCCUCCAUGGCUCAUGUCCCCUUGAAGUUGAAGAAGCGCGGCAUGCCGGCACUGGGGUGGUGGCUCAUGGCUGUCGGCAGCUUGCGCUCGGCCUUCACCUGGUCGUGCUUCUUCGGCUCCGCGUCGCUCUGCUCAGCCACCUACUCCGAGAUACAGGUGACCGGCGUGCAUGGGCGCACGGUUGCGGUGUGGACGCUGCUGUCGUGCACGCUCUGCUUCCUGUGCGCCUUCAACCUCAGCAGCAAGCCGCUGUACGCGGCCACCUUCCUGUCCAUCGUCUACGCCAUCGGGCACCUGAGCGUCGAGUGCGUGGUUUAUCACACAAUCAGUGCAGCUAGUCUCGCCCCAUUCACCUUCAUCACAGUCACAACCAUGGUCUGGAUGCUGCUUCAGUGGAACUCGGAUGGCCACAACCCUCGUCCCGGUCGGUCUACUUCCAAGCAGCCAUGACCUGCUAGACCGGACUUCGCAGGUUGUGUCACCGUUGGCUACUUUCUUGUCACCGUUGUGCAGUCCAUAUAUGCAAGCAACAUGGAAAUCUCAAAUCUGUAAUCUUUUUUCUCGUUAUCCUCGUCUCAUUUCGAUGUCCCGGAGGCUACUGAAUGUAACCAGCAAGCUGUAACACGCUUUAUUUAUUUUGUCAUCAGUGAUGCCAUGUGAAAUAUAAACGACCACUUCUGUUAUAUUA